AUGUUCAACCGGAACAAUACCCCAUCUGUGCCAAAUCCCUUCGGAGGCAGGGUUGCUGUUUCACCUCAAGAUAUUCCACCUCGACCAGAUGGGGCCGAUCUGACUCUCCUGAUCAAUGAUUUCUACGUACUUUCUGCCCGGCCACUGGAGGGCUUCCCUCCCGGCUAUAUGAGCAUGUCGGAUCCCCAACGAACAUGGGCUGGUGUGGGUAUGCGAGACGCUAUAAAAGUGCAGAUGUAUGAUCCUUUCAGCCAAGGAGGUCAGGCUUACCUGGGAUCUGCGGAUAUUGAGGUCAGCUUCGCUUCGACCAAGAAGCGGACGGAGAUUCCUUACGACCAAGAGGAGCUUACGAGCGCCGUGAUCAGGAAUUUCGAGAACCAAAUACUCGCUCCUGGCCAGCGGGUCCUCAUGGACCACAAGAGUAUUCCGCUCCUCCUCCUAGUUAAGACCGUCCAAAGAGUGGACUUGACAUCCGAGAAGCCCAACAUGACUGCUGGCGACACUGAGACCAAUCCCACGGCUCGAGGCAUCAUCACCCGCCACACUCAGCUGAAUUUCUUCAAAGAUACUCAAACUGGUAUCAAUGUCAAGCCAUCCAACCGCCGGCCAGCAGCAAACUCUAUCAUCCAGCCGGGGUUCAAAUUCGAGGAUAUGGGCAUUGGUGGUCUGGAUUCCGAGUUUAGCACAAUCUUCCGUCGUGCUUUUGCUUCACGAAUCUUCCCACCGGGACUCGUCGAGAAAUUGGGAAUCCAGCACGUCAAAGGCCUUCUUCUCUAUGGGCCGCCUGGUACUGGUAAAACAUUGAUUGCUCGUCAGAUCGGCAAAAUGCUAAAUGCACGGGAGCCAAAAAUCAUCAAUGGACCGGAAGUCCUCAACAAGUAUGUCGGCCAGUCCGAAGAGAACAUCAGAAAGAUGUUCGCCGAUGCGGAGAAGGAGUAUAAAGAGAAAGGUGAUGAGAGUGGUCUGCACAUCAUCAUUUUCGACGAAUUGGAUGCUGUAUGCAAGCAGCGUGGAAGUGGUGCAGGCGGCGGUACUGGUGUAGGAGAUAGCGUGGUGAAUCAGCUGUUGUCCAAAUUGGACGGUGUUGAUCAGCUCAACAACAUCUUGCUUAUCGGUAUGACCAAUCGAAAAGACAUGAUUGACGAGGCUUUACUUCGUCCUGGCCGCCUGGAGGUGCACAUGGAGAUUUCACUACCGGAUGAGAAGGGCCGAAGCCAAAUCCUGAAAAUCCACACCGAGAAGAUGCGCACCAACAACGUGAUGGAUACCGAUGUGAACCUGGAAGAAUUGGCUCAAUUGACAAAGAACUUCUCCGGUGCUGAAAUCGCCGGAUUAGUCAAAUCAGCAUCCUCCUUCGCUUUCUCACGGCAUGUCAAGGUCGGGACCAUGGCUGGUGUCAGUGAAGACGUUGUGAACAUGAAGGUCAAUCGCUCUGACUUCCAUCAUGCUCUCGAUGAGGUCAAACCUGCCUUUGGUGUGUCCGAGGAGGAACUUUCUAGCCGAAUUCAGUAUGGCGUGAUCCAUUACUCCAACACUAUCAAUGAGAUCUUGCGUGAGGGUGAAUUGUUUGUGAAGCAAGUCGGAGAGGCCGAGUCAACUCCACUAUUUUCCGUUUUGCUUCAUGGACCUCCUGGAAGCGGAAAGACGGCAUUGGCGGCUCGUAUGGCUAUCGACUCAGGAUUCCCCUUCAUCAAGUUGAUCAGCCCCGAAGAUAUGGUUGGGUUCAAUGAAGCUGCCAAAAUCUCUCACAUUAGCCGCAUUUUCGACAGUGCUUAUAAGAGUCGCACGAGUAUUGUGGUCGUGGACAAUAUCGAGCGCAUCAUUGACUGGGUACCGAUUGGUCCCCGUUUCAGCAACAACGUGCUUCAGGCUCUGAUGGUCUUCCUCCGCAAGCCACCCACCCAAGGUCGUCGCCUAUUGAUCCUUGCCACGACCACUGAGCGUGCCUUGAUGAAACAGCUGGAUGUUUUUAACUCUUUCAACUCAGAUAUCAUGGUCCCUAAUGUCCUUUCUUUCGAAGAACUGCGGUACGUGAUGGAGAAAUCAGGUGCAUUCGAUGCGCAGGAGAUCUCUCGAGCCCUCGAGGGCAUUGGUGGUUUGGCUGAUGACAGCCGAAUCAGUGUUGGGAUCAAGAAGGUGCUUCUCGGUAUUGAGACCGCGAAGCAAGACGUUGAUAAAGUCGGCCGAUUUAUCCGAGUGAUCAAUCGCGCCAUUCAAGAAGAGCAGACCUUCGCCUAG